GGCGGGGCUGACGCGCUGGCGGUUGUUAGGGCUCAGGCUGGCGGUUUGCUGACGUUCAGACAGUUUGUCCGGCGGGAGGAUCGAGCUGCAACCGGGGAGACAUGGCUGGAGCGUGGCAGCAUCCAUUCGUGAAUAUCUUCAAACAUGUGCGGCUGGAAGAAUGGAAAAAGUCCAGCAAGGAGGGCGAUGUUGCCAGCAUUAUGGACAAGAACAUUAAGUGCACAGUUCAUAGAAUCCGAGGCUCCAUUCCAGCUGGCAAUUACAUCCUGCUGCCGAAAACAAGCUCACAGUCUCUAGGUCUGAAUGGACGCUACCUGUAUGUGAUGUUUCGGCCACUGCCUGGGAAGCAUUUUGUAGUUCAUGUAGAUGUCGGUGCAGAGAAUGGACAGACCAUCCGGAUUUCCUUCUCCAAUAUCUUCAAAGAGUUCAAAUCCACAGCGACCUGGUUACAGUUUCCAUUUGUGUGCGGUGCAAUAAAGGGGUCCGUUUAUGACUGCACAGCGCAGACCGCUCGUCGAGACCUGGUAGGCCCGGCCCCCUUGGGCUCUCGCUGGACCUGUCUGCUCUUAGACAUGCAGUACAUACUAUCUAUGUACCUAAGCUGUAAAUACACUCACCUGAAGAGUGUCAAGCUCUGCUCCAACCUAUUGGUGAAGAACCUGAUGACCAGCGAUUUGCUAUUUAACCCUGAAGUGUCCUUUACGGAGUCAAGACAAACGAAGGUGCUCUCUGUAGGAGUUUCUCCCAUGCCUCGGGAAAUGGCGUUUCCAGUGCCCAAGGGUGAGAAGUGGCAUGAUAUAUAUGACUUCAUAAGGUUUCCUUCUGAUGGUGCAAAACUACCUUAUGACUCCAUUCAAAAGGGACAGUCUAUUCAAACAGAACCUCGUGCCCCGGAAUCCCGCAGCCCUGCUCGCGAACAUCCCAGGUCUGUUACCAUCAGCAAACCAGUACAGGACAGAGUGUCGCUCAUCCAGCAGAUCACAACCCCCAGACCGAUGCCACGCCACAAUCCUUUACGAGUGGAGUCGAUCCCUGAGCGUUCCCUUCUGGUCCACAUGAGGCCUUACGAGGAUGGAGAGGUUGAAGGGGAAAGCACAAACAUGGAGGAUGAUGAUGGAAUCCAUGUGUACACACACAAUGGAGGAAAGUUUACUAUUGAAAGGCACAAUACGGACUCUGAGCAAGUAAUUUCUAUUAACUCUGACAGACCCAAGUCCCUAUCUGUCAAUACUGGCAACAAGAAGCUUCUUCCAGACCCUAUCCUGACACUUAAAAAGAUUAUCGGCUUUGGAGGCGGCACUGAAAGAUGUGCUCUUUGGACCCACACAGGCUGUUCUGUGGUAUACCCAUGCCACGCGGUCAUUGUGGUUCUUGAGGUGAAAACCGGAGAACAGCGUUUUUUUCUGGGCCAUACGGACAAGGUGUCCUCCCUGGCCUUUAAUGGGUGUUGUUCACUGCUGGCUUCUGCCCAGACAGGUCCUGUGAGUAUGGUGCGUCUUUGGCACUUUCAGAAGGGAAGCUGUCUGGCGAUGUUCAAAACUCAUGCUCACUCCGUCUCCUACCUCAGUUUCUCACACAGUGGCUCGGUGUUGUGUGGCGUUGGGAAGGAUGGACAUGGUAAAAAUAUGGUGGUGGUGUGGAACACGUCACAGGCCAGCCGUGGAGGGGAAGUCGUGGUCUUGGCCAAGGCUCAUACUGAAGUCGACAUUCAAACUAUGAAGAUUGCUUUCUUUGAUGAUACAAGGAUGGUCUCAUGUGGCAGGGAUAACAUCCGAUUGUGGCGCGUGCGCAGUGGAUCCUUGCGCUCCUGUCCUGUGAAUUUGGGCGAGUACCAUACGUUGGACUUUACAGACCUGGCCUUUGAGGUUGGGCACAGCCCUGAGCGAGAGUCAGAGGACCGCACUCUCUACGUGUGCAGCCGUAGUGGCCAUAUCCUGGAAAUCGACUAUAAAAAUGUGUCUCUCCGCAAUGUGCGGCGCCUUCAGCCAAGUCAGCAACAGCACAGUGAGCGCAGGGAGAAACAGACCUUCAAUUCUGGUCCUGGUAUUGCUCUCAAUAGCCUCAGUAUUUCUGCUGCCUACUGUGCCACAGGCUCUGAAGAUGGCUACCUGAGACUGUGGCCCCUGGACUUCUCUGGGGUCUUCCUGGAGGCUGAACAUGAAGGUCCUGUGAGCUGUGUGUCUAUUAGUCCUGAAGGUCUACGAGUCUUGUCUUGCACUUCAAGUGGUGAACUGGGGGUCCUGGAUGUUCCCUCCAGGGGGUACCUUACAUUAAUGCGCUCACACACACAGUCCUUGCUCGCUUUCUCCCAUCAUCGUUUCCAUCCUCAGCUAGCCACCGUGUCCUGUGACAACACCAUCCGAAUCUGGGACAUGCAGUCUCAGCAGCAGCUUUAUGACUUUACAUCCAAUGAGGAGACCCCAUGUGCUGUGGUCUUUCACCCUACACAGCAGGCUGUGGCCUGUGGGUUCAGCAGUGGCAUUGUGAGGCUCUUUGAUGUAGUAGCUACAGCUGUGCUUGCGGAACACAAGCAGCACCGAGGGACAAUCACUGGCCUUCUCUUCUCUCCCGAUGGGUCCCUGAUGUAUAGUGCCUGUUCACUGGGCUCCCUAGCACUUUAUAGCAUUGCCCAAAAGGAGCAGCAUGUCCUGCGGGUGCUGGGGAAUGUGCUUUGUAAGGAUGCAGAGCGCGGACCUCAGGCUCUGGCACUGAGCAGAGAUGGACGCCUCCUGGCCUUCGUUGGUCCAUCAGAAUACACCGUGACAGUCAUGGAUGCUCGUUCAUUGGAUGAGCUUCUGCGUGUGGAUGUGAGUAUAUUGGAUUUAGACAGCACUCAGUUGGAUUGUGCCUUGAGUCUUGUCUUCAGUCCCCGUCAGCCUUACCACCUGCUAGUGGCUACAUCUGGUAACAAACUUCUAUGGCUGGACCCCAAAACUGGCCAUCUUCUGAAAGAGGUCACCCAGGUUCACAAACCGUACUGCUCGUCACUUGCCAUAAGUAGAGAUGUGCGUUACCUACUGACUGCUGGAGACAAGGUUAUUAAAGUGUGGGAUCACCGGCUGGCGGGAGCUGCUCGUCCCCAGGUAUUUAUCGGACACUCGGAAGCGGUGCAGCAGGUGGCAUUCUCUCCAGACCAGCAAUAUGUUAUCAGUGCUGGAGACGCCAUAUUUAUAUGGUCAUUCGAGGCUUCUCCUGAUCCCGAAGACCUUGUAACGGACCCUGAACAGCCUCCUCUUUUCACCCUUCACUCUAGUGCAGUCAAUAAUGGCACAGAGGAAAGAAGAGACUCCACAUUUAUCGCUAAUGGCAUGCCACGGCGCAAAGCGCCCCAGCCCUGCAUCUCCUCCCCUCCACGUCUGGACAUCAGCCCUGUGCUGCGUGCAAAUCAUACAGAUCCCUUGUCGGAGUCUGAUGGAGAGGACGUGGCAGGCAGAGUUAUGCGGGAAGGAUACGUCCAAGCAGUUCCAACAGAAAGUGAUGAGCAGUCCUCCUUGGUUAUCAUAGAGUGUCAGAACAACAGGACUAAACUACCCUUGCUGUCGAAGAGAAACACCAGCAUUUUAGAAGAUUUGAGGACCUCCAAGCACAGUCCACUACGUCCUGACUCUUACGCCCAUUUCAAUCCUCGAUUUAAAGCCUCCUGCUCCGCUAAGGGAAUUUGCCAUCCAUUGGCAGACCAAGAGAAGCUGGUGCUGAAAGCUGUGAUCGGGUACAAUGGUAACGGCCGAGGGAACAUGGUGUGGAACCCAGACUCAGGGUUUUUCGCCUACUCAUGUGGCAGUGUGAUUGUAGUGGAGAAUCUGCAUUCUGGAUCUCAGCGUCACUUGCUUGGGCAUGAGGAGGAGAUCUCCACGCUGGCACUCACCAACGAUGCACUGGUGUUGGCAUCUGCCUCCGGUAAGGGGGACGGUUCAUCUCUGUGUCGGAUCCGAAUCUGGGACACCCAGGAGGGUACCUGUGUGAAGAUUCUGCAGCAUCAUACGACAGAGGUGCAGGCUAUGAACUUUUCCCGGGAUGACCGUCUUCUUAUGACUCUCGGUGACUAUAGAGACGGUAGUCUUGCCCUGUGGAGUACCAAGUCAUUUGAGCUGUUAUCCAGCAGUCGUCUUUCUUGGCCAGCCCAUGCUGUUGCAUUUAAUCCAUACCAUGCUGAUAGCUUUGCUUGUGUUGGCACUAAGGCUGUGAGUUUCUGGAAGAUCGAGGAGCUGGGGACCGGCACUCAGAUGAAGGUAUAUAGAGCCACCAUUCCUGAUGAGAUCAGCCAGUCAGAAUUGACGUCUCUUGCAUAUACCUCCACGUCAUUGCUGUACACUGGCUGCAGCACAGGACAGGUGUGCGUGUGGGAUGCACAGACUCACCGCUGCUUCUUGACAUGGGAAGCAGACCAGGGGGAGAUUGGUGUUUUACAGUGCAAAGGGAACAGACUAAUGACUGGUAGCAAUACCCGCAGGAUACGACUGUGGUCUGUGGCAGCCGUGCAAGAGAUGAGAGAAAAGGGAUCAGAUGCCAGCUCCACGUCGGUUCUAAUGGAACACGAGAUGACCCUGGACGGGGCAAUUGUUAGUGCCACAUUCGAUGAUGCCAUAGAUAUGGGCAUAGUGGGAACCACAGCUGGUACAUUGUGGUAUAUAAACUGGGUGGAGAAUACCAGCAUUCGUCUAAUCAGUGGCCACCGGAACAAGGUGAUGGAUCUGGCUGUGAGUCCUGGAGAGAAUCAUUGUGCAACAUGUGGGGAGGAUGGAAGUGUGCGCGUCUGGUCGCUUCACAGCUGUGAACUACUUCUUCAAUUCCAAGUCCUCAACCAGAGCUGUCUCUGUCUGGCCUGGAGCCCAGUGUCUGGCAUCCGUAAAGCGGGACAGCAGAUUUCUGCAGGAUACAGUGAUGGAACAAUCCGAAUCUUCAGUAUCUCCAAUACCGAGAUGGAGAUGAAGAUACACCCUCACCCCUGUGCAGUAACCUCGAUCGCCUACUCCACCUCGGGCGAUGUGCUGUUAUCUGGAGGGAAGGAUGGUCUGAUGGCAAUCAGCAGCCCAAGCACAGGGAUGACCAUUCGAGUACUAAGUGAUCACAAAGGUUCCCCCAUCACUGCUAUUGAAUGCACCCGAGGAAAGCCUGAUGAGUUGGGAAUUGGAGAAGGAGAGCUCUGGUUGGCUGCCAGCUUGGAUAGACGUGUUAGUGUGUGGGUUUCUGAUUGGACCAAGACUAAAUGUGAGCUGUUGGAUUGGCUAAGUUUCCCAGCACCUGCCACUGACAAAGAGCAGGACUCGACUCUCCCAAGCCUGGCGGCUUUCUGCCCCUGGCAGCCUGGCACUGUAGUAUAUACCGGGUUUGGCAUGGAGAAGGAAGUACUGUUCUACAGUUUAGCCCAGAAACAGGUUGUAUUGAAGAUCCCACUCUCACACUUUGCCACAUCGCUUGCCUUGUCUCCUGCAUCCUCACUUAUUGUGCUUGGCAGCAAUGAGCGGCUUCUGCGGAUAAUUGACACCUCCGUUGGGAUCCAGCAAGACUUUGCCGCUCACGAUGACUGUGUGCAUCUCUGCCGCGUAGCUCCAUCCGGCAACCUUCUCUUCACAGCCUCUUAUAACCAAGUGCUAGUCUGGGACAUUGAAAAUUCUUAAUAUCUGUUCUACCCGUGGUGAAACACAGCACCAGGAUUCCUCAUUAACUCAUGUUAUUGCUAUACAACAGAGCUAGCAAUGCUACUGCAAACUGGGGCUUACAUGCUGUGUGAUGCUAAGCAUCAUGGGAAGAGUAAUCUGUAUCAACUGGUGUGCCCAUGCAUGUCUGGGGCCGCUGUCAGUUCACGUGUUGUUUUAAAACAAAAAAAAUGAAGUGCCUUUUGUACAUUAAUUAUUUAUACAAUAGUUUGUUAAUUUAUGUCUAAACCACAUUUUUGGUGGUUUGAAUUUUAUCCUUUUAAGAGUUUUUACCAAAAUAUGAAUCUGUGGACAGUCAUUUUGUACGGAGAGCAGAGGGGAUAUUUGUCACGAUCCCUGCAGACAAUUUCUAUUAAGCUUAUUUUUUUUAAUUUCUUAUAUUUUAGUAGUAUUUUAUUUGUUUGUACU